UGAAUCUGUUCCUUAAAAAAAUAAAAAUAAAUAAAUAAAAAAUCUCGUAGCUUUCAGUGAGCCAACAGUGGCCUGGCCCUGUGAGGAAGAGCAACAAAAACUUGAGCUCACAUAAGGAGCAGGGUCGGGGUAGACGCAAGGUCGACCCAUCCAGAGGAGACGCUUGAUUACCAAAUGACGGGGAAAGAGUCCAGGUGGGGCGGAAACCCUUCCCAGACCUCGAAAACCAGUGAACUUGUUUAACAAGCGCUGGGCACUGCAGAUUGGGCAGUUUGGGAGACUGCACCCAGCCGGCCCAGGGUACUCGGGAUCAGGAAUCCGCGUCCCCCGCCAUAUCCUAGGGUCUGAGACUCAGGGAUCGCUCAUCUCCCGCGGCUCGGCGUUUCCUUCUGGCGAGGGCCUGAGUGAGUGUCUUUCGCACCAGCAGGAGCAUGCUUUUUACUUGCACCGCGCCAAAAAACAAAUGAAACCUGGAUCUGAAGCAGCGAACACGAUUCGCAGUCCCCCAAACAUCAGGAGUGGUGUCUGCACAGCGGGAGGAACGCCAGCUCAGCUCGGCCCUGAGCCGGCUCGCAGCACGCUCGCUCCCGCUGCACGGUGCAAACCCGGCGAGCCUGCUCUUUCGUCUUUCCUUCCGGCUCCAGCUCCCCCAAGACUGCUGAGAAACAGGCCAGAACUCAGAAAAAUUCCCGGUGAGUCUUUUCCUCUUGCCCGCGCCCCGGCUUUGUCUUUCCCGCCUCGGGGUGGCGGGCCGUUAACCGCCUCCAGAGAAGACGCUGCCUGAGCGGCGGACGGCGCUGGCCCGCGGGAAGCCCCCAAACGGCCCCCUCACAGCUCUCAGGGCCUGUGUGGGGCAAGAGGAUGCUUUCCCAGCCCCACCAUGGAGCUGCGCUGUGGGGGAUUGCUGUUCAGUUCUCGCUUUGAUUCAGGGAACCUAGCCCAUGUGGAAAAGGUGGAAACGGUUUCUAGCGAUGGGGAAGUAGUAGGAGGGGGGGCUUCAGCCCCCACUAGUAGCAUUGCUUCCCCUGACUACGAGUUCAACGUGUGGACCCGGCCGGACUGUGCUGAAACAGAAUUUGAGAACGGGAACAGGUCAUGGUUCUACUUCAGUGUCCGGGGAGGAACUCCAGGGAAACUUAUCAAGAUCAACAUUAUGAACAUGAACAAGCAAAGCAAGCUGUAUUCUCAGGGCAUGGCCCCCUUUGUGCGCACGCUGCCUUCCCGGCCACGCUGGGAACGCAUUAGAGACCGGCCCACCUUUGAGUUGGGGUCCAGGAUGAGCCCCUACUUCAGCAAGCCUGAAGAAGCUGGCUUUCAUAUGAUGACAGAGACACAGUUUGUGCUAUCCUUUGUUCACCGUUUCGUAGAGGGCCGGGGAGCCACCACCUUCUUCGCCUUCUGCUACCCCUUCUCCUACAGCGACUGCCAGGAUUUGCUAAGCCAGCUAGACCAGCGCUUUCCAGAGACUCACUCUACCCAUAGCAGUCCUCUGGAUAGCAUUUAUUACCACCGGGAGCUUCUCUGCUAUUCUCUGGAUGGACUUCGGGUAGAUCUACUAACAGUCACUUCCUGCCAUGGGCUUCGAGAAGAUCGGGAGCCCCGUCUAGAGCAGCUAUUCCCUGAUCUUAGCACUCCCCGACCCUUCCGUUUCACAGGCAAAAGGAUAUUCUUCUUAAGCAGCAGGGUACACCCUGGGGAGACUCCGUCUAGCUUUGUCUUCAAUGGCUUUUUGGACUUCAUCCUUCGACCUGAUGACCCCCGGGCGCAAACCCUACGCCGACUCUUUGUCUUUAAGUUGAUUCCUAUGUUAAACCCUGAUGGUGUGGUUCGGGGCCACUACCGCACAGACUCCCGUGGAGUGAAUCUCAACCGUCAGUACCUGAAGCCUGACGCCAUCCUGCACCCAGCCAUCUAUGGCGCGAAAGCUGUGCUCCUCUACCAUCACGUGCACUCCCGGCUCAACGCCAAGAGGCCCUGUGCCCCGCAGCCCAGUCUCCAUCUCCCGCCGCCUGAGACUCCUCUUUCUGACCUUGAGAAAGUCAACAACCUCCACAAUGAAGCUCACCUUGGACAGCCACCUGAUGGGGAAAGCCCUGAGACCUGGGCUGAGACAGAGCCAGCAGCAGAAGAGAAGACUGACACUGUGUGGGUCCCACCACAACAGUCUCCUGAACUGGAAGAGCCAGCCCCUGACACCAUCCCCCCAAAAGAGAGUGGUGUUGCUUACUAUGUGGACUUGCAUGGACAUGCUUCCAAAAGGGGCUGCUUCAUGUAUGGAAACAGCUUUAGUGAUGAGAGCACCCAGGUGGAAAACAUGCUAUAUCCAAAGCUCAUCUCCUUGAAUUCAGCCCACUUUGACUUCCAGGGCUGCAAUUUCUCAGAAAAGAACAUGUAUGCCCGAGACCGUAGAGAUGGCCAGUCCAAAGAGGGAAGCGGUCGUGUUGCAAUCUACAAAGCCUCAGGAAUAAUACACAGCUACACACUUGAAUGCAACUACAACACUGGACGCUCAGUAAACAGCAUCCCUGCUGCCUGCCAUGACAAUGGGCGUGCCAGCCCCCCUCCGCCGCCAGCUUUCCCCUCCAGAUACACUGUGGAACUAUUUGAGCAGGUGGGACGAGCUAUGGCCAUCGCAGCUCUGGAUAUGGCAGAAUGUAACCCCUGGCCCCGAAUUGUGCUGUCAGAACACAACAGCCUCACUAACCUGCGGGCCUGGAUGCUAAAGCACGUGCGCAACAGCAGAGGUCUGACCAGCACUGUGAGCGUGAGUGUGGGCAUGAGCAAGAAGAGAGGAGCUCGAACUCCGCCCAAAAGUAACAAUGGAUUGCCCAUUUCCUGCUCUGAAAACACCUUGAGCCGGGCUCGAAGUUUUAGCACUGGCACAAGUGGUGGUGGUAGCAGCAGCAGCCAACAAAAUUCUCCACAGAUGAAGAACUCUCCCAGCUUUCCUUUUCAUGGCAGUCGGCCUGCAGGGCUGCCAGGCCUGGGCUCUAGCACCCAAAAGGUCAGCCAUCGGGUGCUGGGCCCUGUCAGAGAGCCCCGAUGCCCAGACAGAAGACGGCGGCAGCAGCCACUGAACCAUCGUCCUACCACAAGCAGCCUGGCCCCAUCCCCAACUCUUGCUAAUUCUGGCCCAGCCUCCUCACGAAAUCUGGGCUCCUGUCUACUGCCCAAUUCACUCAGCUUAUCAGGGAGCAGCUGUUCAUUCUCGUCUUCAGGGGACAACUCAGAGGCUGUCAUGGUGAUUGGGAAAAGUCUUCUAGGGGCUGGUGCUCGGAUCCCCUGCAUUAGGACUCGUUUGCAGGCUAGGCCCAGGUUGGGCCGGAGCUCACCGCCGACUCGCAGAGGGAUGAGAGGCUCUUCAAGCCCCACAUCCCCUAUCCCCCAGACCAGAGAGAGCAGUGAGCUGGAGCCGGGACCCCGCUCUGCUACACCAGGGCUGCCUCAGGCCGGCCCCCCACGGCCCCACUCUGCCCCUGCCUUUUCUCCUAUUUCCUGUACUCUAUCUGACUCCCCAACCCGGAUUUGUUACAGCAGGGGGCCCCUGAACCAGUGUGAGGUUUGUUUCGUCCCUAAAUCUCCAUCACUCACUAUUUCUCCCAGGGUCUGACCAUGCCUUUACCUCCAUGCCCAGGACAUAGACCUAAGGUGAGGGAACACAGUGAACGAUAUGUUAGUCCCGUCUUCCAGCUGCUGGUAUCAUGUGACAACAUAGCUCCUUAGGAUACCACGUCCGAGGCUUUGCAGAACAUCACCUUGAGACAGAACAAAACAGGGACCUGCCACCCCUUCCCCCCCUCCACAGCACAAGAUUUUGGGACCACAAAAAAUAUAUAUCUAUAUUUUUGUAUUGGGGGGAGGGAAUAGAAAAGAAAGCAGCCCCUAUACUGGGCCCUAUUCAGUGGCAGCUUCUUGUUCCAUAGAGUUAAGGAAGACUUUGAGGAAAUAAAAGUUGUUUGGAAAAAUCCAGGUGUAGUUGCUUUGUAUGCUGUGAUGG